AUCAAAAUCAGUGUACUGCUUGAAAGUCACCUUGACUUGAACAAUUUGAUUUGAUUCAAUAACACUUAUGAAACUUAUCGGUAAAUAGAUGAAUUUGUUUACAUUCAAGGAAAUUUAAAUUCAUGUGACAUAUUGAAGCUUCAUUUCCUUUUUAAAACGGGGUUUCUCGAAUUGUGCAAAAAUGACAGGACACAAAUUUAUUCAGAGAGGGGCCUAUAAAGGAAAAGGUAUUGCUGUUUUUACUAGUGGAGGUGAUUCCCAGGGUAUGAAUGCUGCUGUUCGAGCAGUAGUCAGAACAGGAAUUUAUUUAGGAUGUAAAGUAUUUUUCAUACGGGAAGGAUAUCAAGGAAUGGUUGAUGGAGGAGAUAACAUUAUUGAAGCAGACUGGUCUGCUGUCAGUAGUAUUAUACAUAUGGGAGGUACAGUAAUUGGUUCUGCAAGAUGCAUGGACUUCAAGGAACGUUGGGGUCGUUUGCAAGCAGCAGAAAACUUGGUAAAGAGAGGUAUUACCAAUAUAGUUGCUAUAGGUGGAGAUGGUACAUUAACUGGUGCUGAUACUUUUAGAGCUGAGUAUACUGAUCUCUUGAAUGAACUGGAAUCUACUGGAAGAAUAACAAAAGAAGAAAGGGAAAAAUAUAAAUUUCUCAAUGUUUGCGGUUUAGUGGGAUCCAUAGAUAAUGAUUUUUGUGGCACGGAUAUGACAAUUGGCACUGCUAGUGCACUUCGUAGAAUUAUUGAAGCCCUAGAUGCAAUUUCAAGCACUGCAUACUCUCAUCAAAGAACAUUUAUUAUGGAAGUUAUGGGAAGAAAUUGUGGGUAUUUAGCAAUUGUUUCUGGGUUGUCCUCAGAGGCUGACUUCAUAUUCAUUCCUGAACAUCCCCCUCCCUUACACUGGCCUGAAAUACUUUGUAAAAAACUCAAUGAGGAGAGAGAAAUGGGCAAACGUUUGAAUAUCAUAAUUUUGGCAGAAGGUGCUAUUGAUGUAGAAGGUCAACCUAUUACUGCUGAGCAAAUCAAAAAAGUUGUGGUAGAUAACUUACAUCAAGAUACUAGAAUCACUAUUUUAGGUCAUGUACAGAGAGGUGGAAACUCUGUAGCUUUCGAUAGAGUUUUGGGAUCUCGAAUGGGUGCUGAGGCUGUGAUGGCUCUAAUGGAAGCUGAAGAAGGGGCGACUCCUUGUUUGAUAUCUUUGGAAGGCAAUCAAGCAAUAAGGCUGCCACUCAUGGAAUGUGUCAAACAAACAAAAGCAGUUGCUCAAGCUAUGAAAGCUAAAGAAUGGGACAAAGCAAUAGAACUUAGAGGUAGAUCAUUUUCAAGGAAUUUGGAGACAUAUAAGAUGUUGACUCGUUUAAAGCCAGUGGUGGAUCCUAAUAUGAAACCAGUAACUGUGGCUGUUAUGCAUGUAGGAGCCCCAGCAUGUGGCAUGAAUGCUGCAGUGAGAUCAUUUGUUCGAAAUGUUGCUUGGUAUUCGGGUAAUGUUCUAGGCAUUCAAAAUGGAAUUGAAGGUCUCAUAGAGGGAAACUAUAAGAAACUUUCUUGGAGAGACGUGACUGGUUGGGUUUCUGUAGGUGGUUGUUUCUUAGGAACAAAAAGAACUUUACCUGGAGACCAAUUACCUGAAAUUUCAGCAAAAAUAAAAGAGUUAAAUAUUCAAGGACUUUUAAUUAUAGGAGGUUUCGAGGCGUUUCAAACAUGCCUGCAGCUUUUUGAAGGAAGACCUAAGCAUCCCGAACUUAUGAUACCAAUGGUUGUUAUUCCAAGUACCAUAAGUAACAAUGUACCUGGAACAGAGCUCUCAAUUGGUUGUGACACUGCAUUGAAUGAAAUAACAGAAAUUUGUGACAGAAUAAGAUUAUCAGCGCAGGGCACUAAGAGAAGAGUAUUCAUUGUUGAAGUAAUGGGUGGACAUUGCGGUUAUCUAGCAACACUAGCAGGACUUGCUGGUGGUGCUGAUGCUACCUACAUUCAUGAGGAAACAUUUAAUGUUCAGGAUUUACAGCAGGACUGUUAUCAGUUAGCUGUAAAAAUGGCGGAAGGAGUACAAAGAGGUUUAGUUUUGCGUAAUGAAAAGGCAUCGUCAAACUAUUCUACUGAUUUCAUUCAUCGUCUCUACUCAGAGGAAGGCAAAGGAGUAUUCAGCACUAGGAUGAAUGUUUUGGGCCAUAUGCAACAAGGCAGCACCCCAACACCAUUUGACAGGACUUUUGCAACAAAAAUGGCUGCUAAAGCAUCAGAUUUCCUCUUAAAGCAUAUCAACAAUCCUAGCACAUGUGCCAGUAAUAAGGCUAACUUUCAACCACAUACCGCCUGUCUUUUGGGAAUGUUGAAACGGCAAUAUCAAUUUUCACCAAUCAUUGAGCUGAAGAGUCAGAGCAACUUCGAGCUGAGGUUACCGAAGGAACAAUGGUGGUUGAGUUUGAGACCUUUGCUUCGUAUUCUUGCCAAGCAUGAGAGUGCCUACGAAGAAGAGGGCAUAUAUAUGACUGUUGAGGAUCGUAAACUAUGAUCUUUCCAGUAACAUGGUAUUAGUAUAUACAUAUUAGAGAAUUGUGAUUCAAUAUUCAGAGAUAUUGUCUAUUUAAUUCAAACUAUCUACAAAUUAUUAUUUAUUAGCUGGAAUGUGAUCAUAUUUCCUAUUGGUAUUUGAAAUUACUUAAAAUUAUGAUUUAUAAUUUUUUGAUAUACUCUCUUUCGAUUUCUAUAAUUUGAUUGAGGCUAAAAAUGAUAGUCAUGAUUUAUUUAUUACGAAUAAAUAGCUUUUUUAAAUUGUAA